AUGCAUUUCGCUUUGCCACCGCGCAAGACCUCACAGCCACCGCCGUAUGUCCGCAACAGCAACCUGACUGCGGCAGCCCAGAGGCGGCGCAAGCAGAUACAACUUCUUGCCUAUGGGGUUCUUGGGGUCCUGACCCUCUAUCUUUUUUUCAAGGCCUUUCGUUCCUUUCGUGUGGCAGACGCCCAUGAAGAUGGGGGGAGUUCCAUUGACGGGCCUCAAAACAUUGUUCUUGUCACCGUAUUUGACCAUGCGACCAUGAGCAAGGACUACAUGGCAAUUGUAACAGCGAACAGGGACGAUUAUGCAGCAAGGCAUGGAUACAAGAACUUCUACACUAACACAACCACCUACCUCAAUCUCGUUGACCCUUCCCCUUCGUCCUGGUCGAUGAUACCAGCCCUACGACAUGCCUUGACAGAAAUGAGCUCAAGCACAUUCUUCUGGCAUUUGUCCGCCGACGCCCUUAUCACAAAUCCUUCACUCUCCCUCGAAUCCCACAUCCUCCAGCCACUCGAGAUGUUGAUGCUCAAGGAUAUUCCAGUGGUGCCGCCUGACUCGGUCAUUCAUACAUUCUCACACCUCAAGCCGGCCCGUACACAUCUAAUCCUGUCCCAGGAUAUUGACAACCUUGCCCACACUUCAUUUAUCCUCCGCAACACUCCUUUCAGCGCUCAGACCCCGGACAAUUGGGCACAUUACUUCCUCGAUGCUUGGUUUGAUCCAUUAUAUCGGGCAUAUGCAUUCCAGAAGGCGGAGAACCAUGCACUGGAGCAUCUGGUGCAAUGGCAUCCCACAGUCCUGGCGAAGCUGGUCUUGAUUGAUCAACGCAGGUUCAAUUCCUACAAUUAUGCGACACCGCCCUCGAAAGACCCCUUGACUGGGAACACCAGGACGCAUGACAGCAUGUGGCAGGAAGGCGAUCUAGUGGUCAAUCUCAAAGGCUGUAGGGACGGCGCAAAGCGCGACUGCGAGGAAGAGAUGAGGUAUUACUUUGCGAAAUGGAUGAAAGAGGUGGACAGGCUAGAUGGCAAGAAGCCUGAUCACGAUCUCCGCCCCCUAAAGACGAAACCUGUAAGGCAAGACUGA